AUGGAAUUGGCGAGAAGCAUACUACUUACUCUACUACUCUCUUGUGCUGUUUACGACGCAGUCCAGCUAGACCUCUCACCGGCGCAGCAGAGGAUUGUCGACGACCUCUCUUGGGCCACCAGGUCGAGGGUCCUCACGGAGAAGGCGGACACCAGGAGGGUCGGGAUACAGCCGCUGGUGGACGGAAGGCGCCAGGGGGAGAGGCCCUUAGGUCCGACGCCGCCGUUCGCGGACGACGAGAUAAAGCUGAAGCUGUUCCGAAUGAUGUACGAAUCGAUCAGCGACAGCGACUCGAAGAUAAAGCGCGCGGACACGAUAAGGAGGUCCUACGAGAACAGCACCUCCUUCGAGGUGGGCUUCAUCGUGGCCGACGCCACGGACAAGUUCGACACGAUGGUGGACAUAUCGAGCAUGCUCGAGCGCUUGUUCGCCGACUGGAGGCCGAUCGAGCACAUAAACGCGUACGAGCACAUAGCCAACAAGGGCAUAGAGAUCAGCCAGCUGAUAGAGCUGGCCAAGUCCGUCGCGAAGAGGAACGCCACAUUGACUGGCUACCGACGCGCCUUGGUCAAUAUUUCGUUGUGG